AUGCCUCCAAUCUUAUGUUUCAACUGCAAAGCUGCGCGAGCAGUUAUAAUUCGACCGAAAAACCGCCAUAAGCUAUGCAAAGAUUGCUUCCUUACCAUUUUUGAAACAGAAACCCAUCAAACAAUCACAAACGGCUCGCUGUUCGUCCCCGGUGAACGGGUUGCUAUUGGUGCGAGUGGUGGAAAAGAUAGUACUGUUCUUGCUUCUGUCUUAAAGACAUUGAAUGAGCGAUAUAAUUAUGGCCUUGACCUGGUUUUACUUUCUAUUGACGAAGGUAUAAAGGGCUACCGUGAUGAUAGUCUGGAGACGGUAAAGCGAAAUGCGGUUCAAUACGAAAUGCCACUGGAAAUAGUCAGCUAUGGAGAACUAUAUGGUUGGACAAUGGACCAGGUUGUUGCGGAAAUUGGAAAAAAGGGUAACUGCACAUACUGUGGUGUCUUUCGACGCCAGGCUCUUGACCGUGGCGCUGCAAAACUGAAUAUCAAACACGUCGUUACCGGACACAAUGCCGACGAUGUUGCGGAAACGGUUAUGAUGAAUUUACUACGUGGUGACCUUCCUCGUCUUGCACGUUCGACCAGCAUAAUUACGGGAUCGGCCGCCAGCGAUAUCAAAAGGAGCAAGCCUUUGAAAUAUGCGUAUGAAAAGGAGAUUGUCCUAUAUGCUUACCAUAAAAAGCUUGAUUACUUCAGCACUGAGUGCAUAUAUUCCCCAGAAGCGUUUAGGGGGAGUGCUAGGACCCUUAUCAAGGAUCUGGAGAGAAUUCGGCCUAGCGCUAUUCUCGAUAUUGUCCGGAGCGGGGAGGAUAUGGCUAAGUUGGUGCCAGCUGAGGUAUGUGGAGGCACCGGGUGCUCAUCCAUAAAAUCCAAUGGAGUUGAUGAGCUCUCUACAGGUGGUUGUGGAAGUCAGAAUGGAAGAAGCAGUGGCGGAGAAAUGGCAGAUAUGGAGAAAAAGCUCACCGAAGAUGAAGACGCUAAGUCUCGCGAGGUCGAGAUAUCACUAUCUUCUCUGCCAAAGAAACCCGGGAAAUCUAUCUCGACACAUCCGUCUGUAGCAAUCCAGAGCCGUGACAAGAGGCAAAAGCCCCUAAAGACCCAAACGAUAGGACAGUGUGAAAAAUGUGGUUAUAUGUCGAGUCAAAAAAUAUGCAAGGCGUGUAUGCUUCUCGAAGGACUGAAUAAAAGUCGGCCAAAAACAAGUGUGGAACUUGUUGGGGUCGAGGAGGAGGAAGGAAGUUCGACAUUAAUGAGACAAAUGGAAGGCCUUCAACUAUCUGGAAGCUGA